AUUUGAACUAAAAAAUGACAGUUCGCGUGAACCUAACCUACAUUUUCAAGACAACCUAAAAUUAAUAAUAAAUUGUUUUAUUUUCAUUAUUAUUUAAAUGUUUACGUUGUUAUAAUAUAAUGUUUAAAGCCGCGAAUGCCACGGUGUGUAGACUAAGACCUAAACUACGCUAUGACAAAAUCCACAACAAAAAAAUGAUGAUACAUUUGAACUAAAAAAUGACAGUUCGCGUGAACAUAACCUACAUUUCUAAGACAUAACCUAAAAUUAAUAAUAAAUUGUUUUAUUUUCAUUGUUAUUUAGAUGUUUACGUUGUUAUAAUAUAAUGUUUAAAGCCGCGAAUGCCACGGUGUGUAGACUAAGACCUAAACUACGCUAUGACAGAAUCUCCAACAAAAAAAUCCACACCACAACUGUUUUCAACAAUGACAAAGAAAACAAUGAUCACGAGUUUUACAAGUUCCAAAAACGACUGUUAAACGGCCCCAAUCUCAAGGACUUUUUCAAAGAUGAAAACCUAAGGCUACAAGAAGGUAUCCCUGAGGAAUAUGUGGUUCCAUACUUACAGAAUAUAAACAAAUACGGAGGCUGUAGAAAGGUUUAUUUCGAUGUAUACGGAUGCCAAAUGAAUGUGAGCGACACAGAAAUUAUUUGGUCGAUAUUAAAACAAGAAAAUUACGAAAAAACUACGGAUUUAAAAGAGGCCGAUGUUGUUCUUGUAAUAACGUGCGCUAUACGGGAGGGGGCUGAGGAUAAAAUAUGGGGGCGCUUAGAUUAUCUCCGAGGCAUCAAGAAUAGUCGUAAAAAAGACAGGCCAAGCAUGAAAAUCGGUUUACUGGGGUGUAUGGCUGAACGAUUGAAACACAAAGUUCUAGAAGAGGAGAAGUCGGUUGAUUUGGUGGCUGGGCCUGAUAGUUACAGAGAUUUACCGAGAUUGUUAGCUUUGACGGAAAACAAUCAAAAAUCAAUAAACGUGCAAUUAUCCUUUGAGGAGACAUAUGCAGACAUAACCCCAGUAAGAUUAAACGAAGACUCCAUUUCAGCCUAUGUCAGCAUAAUGAGGGGGUGCGAUAAUAUGUGCACAUACUGUAUAGUCCCCUUCACACGGGGCAAAGAAAGAUCCAGACCUGUGUCAUCAAUACUUAAAGAAGUGGAACAUUUAUCGAAAAGUGGCGUGAAGGAAGUAACAUUGUUGGGCCAAAAUGUAAAUAGUUAUAGGGAUGUUAAGGAAGGUAGUGGGUUUGAUAAUGUUACAAGUCUCGCCAAAGGUUUUAAGACUGUUUACAAAGCAAAGAAAGGUGGUUUGAGGUUCGCAGAUCUAUUAGAAAGAGUUGCCGAUAUUGACCCUGAAAUAAGAGUGAGAUUUACGUCGCCACAUCCCAAGGAUUUCCCUGAUGAAGUCUUACAAGUCAUUCAAUCGAAACCCAACAUCUGCAAGAACCUGCACAUGCCGGCGCAAUCCGGCAACACCGCGGUUCUGGAACGCAUGCGCAGAGGAUACACCAGAGAGGCCUACUUGGAUCUGGUGUCGAACAUCCGUAAAUACCUGCCAGAUGUCGCUUUGAGCAGCGAUUUUAUUUGCGGUUUUUGCGGGGAAAGCGACGAGGAAUUCGAGGAUACGAUCACUUUAAUGCAGGCGGUGGAGUACAAUACGGCUUUUUUGUUCGCUUACAGCAUGAGGGAGAAAACCACGGCCCACAGGAGGUUUAAAGAUGACGUGAGUCCGGAAGUCAAACAGCGGAGGCUUCUUCGCAUGAUAGAGGUGUUUAGAAACUCCGCCUACAAGUUGAACAGUCUUCAAAUCGGGAAGACAAAUUUGGUUUUGGUCGAGCAGUUGAGUAAAAGGUCCAAUCAGAACUACCAGGGCAGAAACGACCAAAACAUACGCGUCAUUUUGCCCAGCGAAGGUAUGGUACCGUACAAAAACGGUUCCAACGGUAGAGAAGUCAAACCUGGGGACUAUGUGGCGGUUUAUAUUAACAGCGCCAGUUCCCAAACUCUACGAGGUAUUCCUUUAUAUUUGACGUCUCUGCAAGAUUUUUACAGCGAAGCUCCCAGCAGAUAUUACGCUUGUCAAUCGUAUUUGUAA